UUCUGAUAUUAAAAUUGCUGUAAAUCUGAGUAAAGCUGUGAGCUAGGAUUAACUCUGAUGUGAUGUUUUAUAUUCUUCAGUCAAGAACACAGGACUAGAAAACUCUGAUAUGUCAAUCGAAGCGCGCGCACAAUCCGUUCCAACGCGCUCCAUAACGGGAUUUCUGCGCCUUUGUGAGCGUCUGUGACUCUGCGCAGGGCCGCGGAGACGAAAUCCGGCCGAGGACGCAGAACGGGCAGGAAUACGAUGAUCGCGGACGUUCGUAAAGCGAACUCCGUGGCCAGCUGUGUUCGAGCUGAAGCAGCGAUCUACCCAGACUCCCCCGUGUCCUCGGCACCCGAGAACGGCCAGCUUCUCCUCCGCAGCGGCGCGUGCACGAGGGGUACGAGCACGAGCGCAUCCAGCGCCAACGCGGAUCGAGGCAGCACGGACACCGAAUCCGCGGCCGCUCGCGCCAUGACCUCUGGGUGCGAAUUCCCUCCGUCUGCACCGCCCUUCGUCCCUCGUUCCGCCAAAAAUCUCUUCUACAAGGUGCUGUGCUUCGCCUUGCUCGUGCUGCAGGGCGGUAUCCUGGACUUCUACCUCAUAGCGUUCACCGACCUGUACUGGUGCUCAUGGAUUGCCACGGACCUUGUGGUGGUCUCUGGCUGGGCCAUCUUCUUCGUCCGCAACGCUAGAAGCAAGCGCGAGCGAGCAUGCGGCUUCCGUCAAAAGAGCUCGCUCUUUGGCUGUCACCUGGGCGAGUUCGCAUUCGCGCACCUCGCAUGGCUCGUCUACGUGAUCGCGUGCGCGCCAAAGGUGGCGCUAGUGCUGCAGACGUCCAUCCUGGAGCUUGUGGCACGUGAAGUGCCUUUGGGCGCCGCCGGUUUUGAGGCCACCGCGCUGCUCGCAGCACCGCUGCUCUUCUGCCUCAUUAACUCUCUAGUGGAAGAUCCGCACGGAGCUCCGCGCUACCACUCGCAGAGCUGCUUCGUGAACAUGUGUGUAGAUGUGCUGGACAGCUUCACGCUCGUAGAUUUGCUGCUUGUGCAAAACGAGAUCCCCAACAACACAUACCUGAAGUACGGUGUGAUGGCGGCGUAUUUCGUGGCGCUGGUUGUGCCGGUGCUUUGGCUCUACGAGCUUUCCGCUGCGUCGCGGAUGCGCUGUCGCUGGAUGUGCGCGCGUUUCCUAAGCGGCGUGCUGCUGGACGCGCCUCUGCUCGCCGUCAGAUGCUUGCUCGUGUUCCUUUACGACAUGCCCGUGUCACUUUUUAUGUUCAAGAACGUUUUUUUCUUGGCGUGCAAGUGCCUGGAGUUACUGGAGCAGUGCGCCAGCCUGAGGAGUGUGCGCAGACUAGCGCGCGGUGGAGACCCGGCCCAGUUCUCCCACUGCGUCUCGGAGAACGACAUGUGCCCGCGCGGAUACGUUAACACGCUGGCUGUUAACACUCAGCCCUAGAUGCUGCUGCGCAUCUACAUAAACUGGGACGCGCAUUUACAGAAUAUUCCCAAGAACUUACCAUAUAACCAGCCUUAUGAAACGCCGUCGCAAGACCAACGUCCCUAACAGGUGCUACAACCAAAACAAAUCGACGUGCCAGUGAAAAAGGCAGAAUCUCAAAUGGCCGCUACUUAUGUGGUACAAGUGUUUACUUGCGGUAUGAAAUAAUGGCUUUUCCACAUCCUAAUGCGUUAUACAGAAACACAUCACGGUCUGUCUGCAGGUCACAGAAGGCGUGUAUUUGAGUCCAUUACUGGAAUGUAAACACCUGCGAAUGGGCUUGGCUUUAAGCCAGGAAUCUUGGCACUGACGUUGCUAGCCAGUAACCUAAACUGACAGGAUUCCUAAAUCAGGACCUUAGAUCAGGUUCAGGUAAAACUCCACCCUGAAACUACUACUAAUAAAAAUAAAAAUAAUAAUAAUAAUAAUAAUAAUAAUAAUAAUAAUAAUAAUAAUAAUAAUAAUAAAUAGGUCAUAUGCAAUCUCAAACAUAAGUGAUAGUCAGAUUUUGCGGUUAAAACAAAAGAGCAAAAGCUUUUCUCCUGCAGCAUUUUCCAGGAUGUUGUGCAUCUCAUAUAAUGAUAAAUUCAACGUAGAAUUAAAGCAGACCACACCGCUGGACUCAAAAUUCCAGAAUGCUAUGCAGAGUAAUGCCUGAGACUCAUCUGACAUUUGCCAGAUAGCUGACAUAAGUUAACAUAAGCUGACCUGACAGGAUCCCUUAAGGGCAAAUCUGCACUGUAAACGCUAAUUAGUUAGCUGACAUGCACUACCCUUAUAGGAUCAUUGAUGGGAUUUAGUAAUAUUUGUAAUAAGUGUAGUAUUUAUAGUUUUCACUGCCAGUGCUAGCUGGACAGGAUGUUUGACUGAAGAAAUCAUAAAUAUUCCUAAGUCUUUUUGUGCAUGCAUGUGAGCUAAUGUAUAGCUCUAGAGACAUGUCCGCUGUUCUGAGAUUUGCAGACAGAUCCUGCUCUCUAGCCGUGCCACAGAGAUGGUUGAUAUCGGAUUUUUGAUAUUCCGCACAGGAGUCAGCAUAAUACAUAAUUUAUCUGUUUUGUUAAAAACAAAAAAAUUUUUUUUUUUUACUUUUAAGAUCUUUUGACCUACAUUCCACCUACAUACCAUGACAUACAAUUCUAAAUCCACUGUAAAGGGUGUACAGGAUAUUAUAUAUCUAUAUACACUGUCCACUUUCAUAAUUUUUCUGUUUAUUUACACAGCCGUUCAGCCAGCCGAUCAUGUGACAGCAGCACGAUGCAUAAAAACUCUGUGUAAAGUAGUAGUAAUGUAGUAGUUUCUGAAAGACAAACACAUCUGUCUGUAACAACCAUGCCACGGUCAAAGGCAUUAAGAAUUUAUCUUCAUUCAGAUGUUUGUGAACAUUAACUGAAGCUCUUGAACUGAAUCUGCAUGAUUUUAUGCAUUGUGCUGCAGGUGUAGGUGAAGGUGUUUCUAUUAAAAUGGACAGUGUAUAUAUACAAUAUAUGUGUAUAUAUUUUUACGUUAUGAUAAUAAUUCUAGUGCCAAGUUGAGUUUUUGUCUGAUGGGAAUGCACUGUUCAGAUCUUUAUUUAUUUAUUUGUUUUAAAAACCAAAUGGAAAAUAGUAUAUGUACAAUUUGUUGUUUGGUUUGUUUAUCAUUUUACAUUGCAAAUUAGCAGUACAGUAUUUUAUAGUAGCUAUGUAUACUCACCAGGGACACCAACUACUUCCUUUAACUUUUAUUUUCUUCGUAAUCCCUCUUUACGCAUUUAAGGGCAGGUUGUAUAUACAAAAGAAUAGGUUGAAACCAUGAUUAACCAUGUAAACAAGCUUUUUUCAUCUUUGUGCAUCAAAUUAUAAUAGGAACUAGGUAGAAACAUUAGAUCACACAUAGUAGGACUGGUCUGAAUAAUCAUUUGAGCCAGGUAUUUGGAUUUGAGGCUUUACAGACUGGAAUAUAUUUCUAAUCCGGUAUAGAAAGGAGAAAAUCAAAACUUUAAAUAUUGGUUGUUUACGGAAAGCUAUUAUAAACUACAUUGCAUUUUAUAUGGUUUUAACAUUGUAAGCCACACAAUAUUGAAAAGUUGAAAUGAAUUGAAAUUGAAUUCAGUCUAAAGUCUUAUUAAGUAAAGAUUAAGUAAAGCCUUUUUAAUUUCUUCAACUUUUUAGUCAUUAUAUAGAACGUGGUGAAGUUGGUGUCACUGACUUUUUGCUGUGGAAAUGAAACAUCUAAUAUUAAGCUAACGUCAUGUCUUUAGCCAAGUCCAAUAGGAAGCUAUAUUCUCUUCUUCCUAUGACUUCAGUGAUCGUAAACCCUCACUCGUGUGUGUUCAUGAUCCCGAUGGUCAUUAGUGAUCCGUGAUUCGUGGUGUCUUUGGUUUGCACUUGUAUUGUGAGGCACUUUAAUGAAACUGUUGAGAAUUUUACGAAAAUCAAUAAUGGAAUGUCACACGUGUGCUGUUAAAAAGCAUAAAAUGCACCUAUUACCGGCACAACACUUCUGACAGGGUAGUACAGUAAAUACUGAGUUAAACACGUGUAGCUCUAUCUUUCUGUAUGUGAAAACAUGAACUUCCUCUGUUUGUCAUGAGAGUUAAGACAAAACACUACAGCAACAAUUCUUUGCAAGGUAUUCUUACAGAAUUCUUAUAGAAUAAAAUAUGAGUAAUGUUUCUAUGCCUAAUACUAAUUGCAGUUGUAAAUAUUUCACUGUGGAAACACUUUUUUACUAAGAUUUAAUCAAGAGAAAACAGUACACUUCUUGAUUAAAAUAGCUUUUUUUUAUAACACCAACAAUAAUUAGCAUUUUGGGAAAUUUCUCUUUCUUUCUAAUUUGAGAUAGGAAAGAACUUGAAUGAAUGCAGUUCAUUUAUUAGCUGAGAUUUUUUGGUUGUAUAUGCAGAAACAAAUGGUAUGCUGUAGUCAUUGUGGCCUAUUGGGUUUAUAAGGCCUUUAUCAGUCACAUUAUCAGGUUUAAGGUAACAUGGCCAUGUGCAGAUAAAAACUGUGAAUUAAACAAAUAAUUAAUACAUAUUAAGAGAAUGUUGUGUAUAUAUUUUAGCCCAAAAAUUAGAAAAUUGUUUUCUGUGGCCAAAAUGUCAGGUUAUUUCUACCUGUAGUGUCUUGCCUUAAUUUUAGUCAGUUUAGAGGAAGUCCUGUUUUUACCAGUGCAAAAUUGCAGAUUAGUAAAAGCAUGAACUGAAAUUAAAACCUUUAGAGACCUAUAAGACUUUAGAGAUAUGAUGCUCAAAACACAGGCCAAGUUGGUCAAAACCUUUGCCUAAUGUUAAGAGUUUGUAGAAAUCAAACAGUUUCCCAAUUACCUCUAUUAAUGCUUCUUCAUAGACAGGGUAUUGUAAACAUUUGAUCAAUUUAAUUGUGUAAGAAAGAAAGUAGAAAAUAACUGAACAGCUGGCAAAGAUGACUACCUGCUUAAUCUGUAUUUUGGCAGCUUGUUAACAGGAGUUUAUCUUUGGAUGGACUUAAAAACUAAAACCAUGUGUAUAUUCGGUUAGAAAGUAGGUUGAGCACCUUUCUCUGAUCCAUGGCAAGAGUCUAUAAUAAGAUCACAUGGUUUAAAAAUUAAUCUAAGCUAUGAAUUUAGUCAUUAUGUCUGUUAUCAGUGUCAAAACAUAGCACAACUCGCUGGUGCUUAAAUAAAAGUGUCGGUAAUACGUGCAAUGCAAUUAGUUGUUAUAUUCUAAAAAUAUAUACCAUGUAAUAGACAUCAAUCUGAAGUAAUGUGAAGUAAAUAUUGUCUCCCAGUCGUCAAGCAGUCAGACACGUUGUCUGUGGAUGUAUUUAAAUGCACUUGUCAAAAAGGUGUAAAAUGUUAUAUAUCAAGUGAAAACGAUGUAUUCUUUUUGUUUAAAAUGUCCAUGGAAAAUAUGUUAUGGCAGCAGUUGUGAAAGAAAUACCACAUUAAUUGUGUACAGCAUGAGCUUUGGAAUGAUCGCUAAUACCUUUGGUCAUAACCACAUACUUAAGAUGGUACUGUAUUCACAAAGUGAGGAAAUAUGUAGCCCAUGUUUAGACCUCAUUUACUCGAAAGAUCAGCCUCGGAGCAGAAGCUGUGUCUCAUUAGUCUCCACACAGCGCUAGGCUACCUCUCAGCACAACAACAUGCUGACAACAUAGUUCAAAAUGUUCAGUUCAAGAUGUACCAUAAUAGGUCAGAGACAGGAAAUAUGAGUAGGUCUGAUGAAAGAAAUGGAAAACCCCAUGUUUUCAAACUCUUUUCAUCCUACUCAAAUGCACUGCUUUAAAAACCUGCUAGACUAGUCUACAGGUUUAAUUAGAAAUUAGAUAGCAAGCAUUUCAAUAAGGAAGUGUAUUAGUUGGUAAACACAAACGGUGAGGAAAGCUUACUGUAGGAGCGUAAAAACCUUAAAGGAACGUUAAAUAUGCAGGCCGAAAGUGCAUUAUCAAAAAUGGUAUUUCUGUGCCUCACCGUGCAGUGUCAAUAUGUUUAUAAUACAAAUGUAUUCCAUGUUUGGAUAUGUGUAUGCCAGCAAAAUAAUACGCAUGUAAACUGUUUAUGCCGACUUCUACUUUUGCAUAUGCCUUCCAAUGUUCUACUCUCACACGUCCCUUUCACAAGAGUCUUUAUGGGUCUUUUUUUGCACUAUAAAAUCCUGACAUUACCUUGUUGGAAAAUAAAAUGGCAGAACUUUAUUAGCAAAUCUUUAAAACCUGGAAUAAGGGUACAGAACCACGAUUUAGUUUGAUAUGUUUACAGUAAAUUCCAGUAAAAAAAAAAAGAAAAAGCACACAACGACGACAACCAAAGAAUGCAGAUUUUAAUUUAUAGCUAUUAAUAAUGUACUAUUAUAGUAUUACAUUUAAUGCCCCAUCUGACGGAGAUCCAUUAAUCUGAUUAUACAAAUCUACCCGCGAGAAGACCGAGAAACAAAUCAUCUUCGUGAUAUGUAUGUUUUUACAUGAAAAGUUGCUUAUAGUGCAAUGCAUGCAAAAGUAUAUUGUAAAUUACAGCUUGUAGAUUUCCUGUAAUGAAAACCCAUUUUAACCAAAAAGGUUAUGUGCAAUAUUAAAUGUAGAACCUGUUUAAAUGGAAAGAAAUAGACAGUUGUCCAUAUGUCUGUUAAUUAUGUCGUCAAAAAUGUUACAUGAUUUUUUGCAUUAUCAAGCUCAUGUAAGCUCUGCAAACAACAGUUCACAGGUUAAUUGUCACUUGUUAUAUACAUAAGAAUACAAUAAAAACACCUGCAGAAUA